UUUUUCUGUCCAGUUUCUUUGCUUGGCUUUCUUUUUUUAGAGCUUUUUUUUUUCUUUUACUUUUCCCGCUUCUUCUUCUUUUUUGCUCUUGUUGACUUUGUUUCUCUAAUGUCCGAACCUUACGAUCCCUAUAUUCCCAACAACCAGCGCGGUGCCGCUCAAGGUGCCGGAGGCCAAAACAAAACACAGCGUGUCCAGCAACAGGUCGAUGAAGUCGUCAAUAUCAUGCAGGAAAACAUCGACAAGGUCAUGCAGCGUGGUGAACGACUCGACGAUCUGAGAGGCAAAACAGAGGACCUGCAAUCGACUGCAGGCCAUUUCCGUCGUGGUGCGAACCAAGUUCGAAAGAGAAUGUGGUGGAAGGAUUUGAAGUGGAAGAUUAUCAUUGCUGUCACUAUCAUUGUGAUCCUGGCCAUUAUUAUCGGCUCCAUUGUAGGAACACAGACCCACAAGGAUAACAACCAGUAAACUGCUCAUCGUUGGGCUAUCGAUCUCGAAAAAAGACGCUAUCCAAACCAAGCCAAAAAAAAAAAGUUUAUUACAAUCACACCAAGCCUUUGCCAUGCUGCAAAAAGCUGCUUUUUUUUUUCUCCUUUCUCGACAGAGUUUUUUUGUUUUUUAUUUACAUAGUAUAAACAUUUUUAUUCAUAAAUCUACUCGUAAACUAUUUCGUUAUACUUCAAUGCAAUACGACGUUAUCUUCACGAACGCAGAAACGCUCUUCAGGGUAUCAUGGUAGGCAGUGAUUGAUCUCUGCACAAAAGAAUACUGCAUCUCCUUUUUUUCUCUCGACCCUCUUUUUUUUUUUUUUUUUUU